AUGAGGGACAUGAACGAGAAGGAGAAGAAGGAGAAGAAGCAGAUGACGGAAGAGAAUGAGAAGAAGGAGAAGAAGGAGAAUGAGAAGAAGGAGAAGAAGGAGAAUGAGAAGAAGGAGAAGGAGAAGAAGGAGAUGAGGGAGAAGGAGAUGAAGAUGGGGGAGACACAGAAGACGAGGAAGAAGUGUAUGUACAGCGACACACGAAAGGCGAAUGCGGCGGCAGCGCAGCGCCUCGGGGUCAAAGCAGGCGAGGGAGACGAGGGAGGAGACGCGGCGAGAAGACCGGAAAGGGAUUUCGACAGGACAGAGGAAGAACGCGAAGUAGAGGCGCUGAGAGCGUUUUUCAACUUGGAUGUGUCACUUGUCGAGUUGCGAAAGCAGUGGGAAACUCGCAAGGAAACCGUGCACGGGUCUGCGUCUGUCGCUGGAGCAUCCGGAGGUGCCGUGGCGGCGCCCGCUCGGCAAGCGAAGCAGAAACGGAUCAAGGCCCAAACGGUUGACGAGAAGAACGAGAGCGGUCGCGGGAAAGCGACGCAGGAAGCGGCGGUCGGCGAAGAGAACGGGACAAGAGACAGGUCCUCAGGCGUGGGGCGCGUUCUGCAAAUUCCCGUCGUAGAGUGUUUUUUCUCCUUUCUCUGCUCCUCGAACAACAACGUGCCGCGGAUUGCGCAAAUGGUGCGGGCCUUGCGCAACUCGUACGGUGACCUCCUCGUCACGGGCAGUGGGGACGGAGACAGGAAAGACAAAAAGAGAGCGCAGGAAAGCCUCGAGGUAGGCGAAGAAGGACAAGGAGAGAGGCGCAGCGAGAAAGAGAGAGGCCUGUCUGAUUCUUCCCUUCCUAUCAAGGUCCAGGGUGCGUCUUUCUCUCUCUCGUCUUCUUCGCCAGCGCCUUGCCUUCCUUCUCGUUCUGCCUCUGCUCUCUCGUCGCCUGGUUCCGCUCCGUUCGCCUUUGCCUCGAGCGUCUCCUUCGUUUCUGCGAAGGUAGCACGCUCCGACGCCAUUCGGGUCAACCUCCGAGAUAUCCCGAUCCUGCUCGCCUCUACGCCGCAACUCACGUGGCAUGCGUUUCCCUCUUGUUCGUCCCUCGCGCGCGCGACAGAAGAAGACCUGAAGAAGCUCGGUCUCGGGUACCGCGCCAGGCUUCUGCUCUCGGCAGCCAAGGCCCUCGACGCCCUCGGAGGAGACACCUUCCUUCUGUCUCUCCAGCAGAAAGCACGCAGGAGAAAAGACAACCCCGACGCAGAAGAAAGUGAAGACUCGGUCUUUGCAGUGGAGAGAGAAAUUCGAGACGCUCUUCUGCCGUUCGCGUAA